UUCGUAGCACGUCGCGCCUCGCGAAAGCCUCGCGAAAGCCUCGUCGUAAUCGUCGAGCAAAGAAUCGACGAGUGCAACGGCAGGGACAGCGAGCGCUUAGGAUUUCGCCUUGCCAGCAGCAAAAGGAAGCCUCAGGAAGUCACAAAAUGUGGAGCCCAACGCACGUUCAAGUGACAGUUCAGAGGGCCAAGGACCUGCUAACUAAAGGAAAACACAAGACCAACGAUUGCUUCGUUACGAUCACUCUCGGCAAGGAAAGGUAUCAGACGUCAGUGAAGGAAAAGGCUACCAAGGACGUAGACUGGCACGAAGAAUGCGAGCUGUUGAUUCCAGAGCAAGGAAAUACCGCGGAAAUCGUCCUCACCGCUCUACAUCGUAACUUCCUAGGUGUCGACGAGUUUCUUGGCACCGUCAGUGUACCACUCUCCAGCUUCGAUGUGUACGAGAGGCCUAGAAAUCGAUGGUACGCUCUUAACAGUAAACCAGGCAAAGAGAACACGAAGGAGAGAGGCGAGCUCGAAGUAAGAAUUGGCUUUAUUGUAAAAGCUGGAAGUCUGACCGACCUAAGUAAAAAGGAGCGUCACAAAAGCUCUUUGGGACAAUUGUCCACAGCUGCACAGUCAAUCGGCGGUAGUUUGCUCAGUAUCGGUAGCCUUGAAAAACGCAAAGGCUUGAAGAAAUUAGCCAAAUCAAUUGGAAACAAAGUUAAAGGCAAGAGUAAGAAUCGGCUUGAUGGAAAUAAUUUGGACGAGAAGGAGGAACGUGAAAUAAAAAUCACGCGACAAGAACCAGGUGAAGCUGAUCCUGGAGUUAUCAGCGAGGAUGAAGAUGAAUUCACAUUCGAUGAUUUAUCUCACAAAAGCUCGGCCUCAUCACUCAAUGCACCCGUGCAUCCGGGUGUUAACAGCGGUAAUACCAAUGGUAUUUCGAAUGGCUCGCAGAGCAAUGUCUUUAGCGAUGUGCACACACCACCAGUGCCAAUUAACGCCGCUCCGAGCAAACCACCACGAUUUGCUAUGAGCGCAUCUACAACAAAUCUGUCGAAGGUCGACAAUUUAACGAAGGAUGACGAAUGGGGUUUAAAACUCUAUGGCAAACAGGCGAGCAGCGUACCUAAAAGAUGGGACAGCAAACCUAAGAUUGUGGUGGACGAACCGAAAGACAGCAAACGCGACGUAUCACCUAUUCGUUCGACAUCGCCGAUCACAUCAAGGUUGAAAGAUCUUCCGGAACCUCCAAGUCCCGCACCGAGGGAAAUUCUUCAUCCAAGGAAUAAGGAUGAAAAACUCACUGCGAGUAAGGAGAAACUCACUGCAAACAAGGAGAAGUUUGUAAAGGAAGAUAAAUCGAAGGAUAAAAAGGAUGAGAAAUGUGAUUUACGAAAUUUCAAAGAGGAAAAGUAUGUGAAAAAGGACAAGAAAAAGGACAAGGAGAGCAAAUUCAAAGAUGCUAAUGACGAAAAUCACUUGUCUUCCGAAAGAAUUAUUAUUGGUGGUGAAGAUGCCGUUAAGAACGCCACAAAUUCUAAAAGUCGCCUACCGCACGAGGUCCUUAACCAAUUCGACGGAAAAUCGAGAGAAGAUCUGAUAGAACUGGCAUUACAACUGCAGACGCAAGUUACGGAGAAGAACAAGAGACUUUCCGAUUUGGAGGAUUAUAUCGAUCGAUUACUAUUACGUGUGAUUGAAUGUUAUCCGCGAUUACUUCAGAAUCCAUAUCAGAGGCGAUUAUCAUCUCCCGGAAACCAGUAAAUCGAUAAUUCGUGAUGAAGCUUUUUCUAUCUCCAUUUGGGUAUCACUUCCUUUUAAUCCCUUAGUGAUAC